AUAUAGUUACUCUAAGUAUAAUUACACUUGGGCUUCAUGCUCACGUUUUAUUUAUUUUAUUUUAUUUUAUUUUGUGACUAAAUUAUUCAAAAAUGCGGCUCGAGUUUUUGAGUUUUUAAUUUAAAGUUGAAUUUAUUUUAUGUGUAACUUAUUAUUAUUGGAUUGUGUAUAAAAUAAUUUAUACUUUAUGAUCAUAUUGACUUUUUAAUGAUAAAUUUGAAUUUAUCAUCGAGAAAUUAAAAAAAUGGCUGAGAAAGAAACGUACCGAGUGGAGUACGCGAAAUCUGGAAACGCCGUUUGCAGACUGUGUCAAUCGAAAAUUAAAAAAAAUGAUUUGAGAUUCGUCAAAAAUAUUGAGCGGCCAUUUACUAACAAAGUUACCUUGAGUUGGUUUCAUCCAGAAUGUUUUUUUGUUGAUACGAAAUUAAACAAUAUCGGAGAGAUUAGUAACUCGGAGAAUAUCAGAUGGAGAGACCAAGAAUAUCUAAAGAAAAAAAUUGAAGAAAACCCUGAAGAAGAAGCGGCGGGUACCAGUAGCAAAAUUAAAUAUUGUCGACCCUGUGCCCCAAAAUAUUUUAGAGUAGAGUAUUCACCAUCGAAUCGGGUGAAAUGGGAUGACAUGCCGGGUUAUUCUGACAAGCUCUGGUCCCACCACAGAGACCUGAUGUUGGAAUGUCUGCCGCCGAUAGAAUAUGCCGCGGAAGAAGAAACCUCUUCAGUUGAUGAGCUCGAGGAAACAAUGAAGCGGCAGAAUGAAGAAUUGUUUGAAGUUAUGGAUGCGCUGCAAGAUGUCUGCAAAAAAGACCUGGUCCGUCUGUUGAGUACGAAUGGCCAACUCGUUCCUAAAUCUCGGCAACAAAUAAUCGAAGCCGUGGCCGACCAAGUGGUUUUUGGAGCUCUGCCGAUCUGUUUCAAAUGCUUGGGGUUCAAUUACGUCUUUGAAUCAGGCGUGGGGUAUCGCUGCAUGGGAGAUCUUACCUCGUGGACCAAGUGCAAGAACGUAUGCGUUUAUCCCGUGAGGACAAAGUUUAUCAUCAGCAAUGACCUGAUGCAGCGGUAUCCAUUCCUUUGUUCCAACGAGUUCCGAACCCAGGAUCGUAUGAUUCGCAUACCGGCUCCAUCGGACCCAGUUACGGAAGAAGCAGAGGCGCUCGACGCAGAAGGCAGCGCUGAAGCGAAUUCUCAAGUCAAGCCGCUAAAAGGAUUAUUAUUUGCGAUUGGUGGAAAAACGUUCAACAAUAAGGACAUUUUGAAAAGAAAUAUAGUAAAACUUGGCGGGAAAAUUGUUACGAAAGUAACCAGGGAGGUGGCUGCGGUGGUAACCUCGGUCUGGACUCUUGCGAAGCCCAAUCAGAUGAUAAGAGACGCCCAGAGGCUGAGAGUUAAUGUCGUCGGCGAAGGUUUUGUUGAUGAAGCGAAACAUUGCACUGACACUCCGUUUCAAUUGAUAGUCGCGAGAAGCAUUUGCCCAUGGGGAAGUGAUCCAAGUGUUAGAUGCGCUGGCUAUUUGGCAAGUCUAAAUGGCAAGGGGAAAGUAACGCUGAAAAUAAAAGGCGGUGGAGCUGUCGAUCCCAAAAGUGGGCUAGACCACGUGGCCCAUGUUUAUCAGCAGCACAAUGAUAAGUUCACGGUGACGCUUGGCCUGACGGACAUUGAGGACAACAAGAAUGAUUACUAUAAAAUGCAGAUACUCGAGCACGACAACGGUAAUAAAUUUUGGUUGUUUACUAGCUGGGGAAGAAUUGGCACGACGAUUGGAGGGUCUAGUCUGAGAUCGAUGUCUCUAGACAGCUGUAUUGAUUUUUUUAAAAAAAAUUAUUUAAAAAAAACGGGAAAUGAUUGGGGUAAUCACUCUGCUUUAUUUGUCAAGUGUCCGGGUAUGUUUUAUUUGAUAAACACUGAGGAUACUGAUGACACUAAAAUUAACAGAAUACAGUCGACUGUGCAAAGCCAAUUGAAACCUCCUGUAAAAGAUCUUGUUGCUUUGAUUUUUAAUGUUGAAUACAUGAAGAUGGUGAUGCUGGAGUACGAACUAGACAUCGACAGAAUGCCUUUGGGUGCAUUGUCUACUAACCAAAUUCAGCAAGCCUAUCAGGUUCUCAGUGACGUGAUGAGCAUAAUCAGAAAUAAUAAUGAUCAGGCGUUACUGGUCGACGCAUCAAACCGAUUUUACACUCUGGUUCCUCACUCAUUUGGAUUAAACAGUCCCCCGAUUCUGGACUCCAUUGAAGCGGUACAGAAAAAAUGUGAGAUGCUAAACUCGUUAAUGGAGAUGGCGAUUUCUUACCGGAUAUUGUAUGACAACGUCAAUAUAAAUCUGCAUCCGAUAGACGAUCGCUACUUCAAGCUCAAUACUUAUAUCGAUGUUCUGGAUCCUAACUCCUUUGAAUACCAAAUAAUUCAACGCUAUGCAAUGAAUACUCACUCCCAUUGUCACGCUUCCUUCGAAUUAAAAAUCGAGAACAUUUUCGUUAUCAGUCGUCGCGGCGAAGACGAGAGAUACAGACAAUUUUCCGGGUUCUACAAUAAAAGACUCCUGUGGCACGGCUCCCGUACCACUAAUUUUGCUGGUAUCCUGGCUCAUGGACUCCGUGUCGCUCCACCGGAAGUCCCAUCUUCGGGCUACAUGUUCGGCAAGGGAAUUUACUUCGCUGACGUAGUCUCGAAGUCUGCUAACUACUGCAGCACCACUUACAGCAACCCAACAGGACUUCUGCUGCUUUGCGAAGUCGCUCUAGGCAACAUGUACGAGAGAGUCCAGGCUGAUUACAUCACCGAACUGCCUUAUGGCUUCCACUCUACCUUCGGAAGAGGUAAAAAUAUUCCGGAUCCCAAGGAUUAUUUUAUUACUCGAGAUAAUGUUCUUGUGCCUUACGGAAAACCCGUAAGAGCAGAUCUUUAUAACGUGUUAGCGCUAGCGCACAAUGAGUACGUUGUAUAUAAUCCUGCUCAAAUUAAAACCAAGUACUUGCUUCGUGUAAAUUUUGUACACAAAUAGUAAUUGGGUAAUUAUAUUUCAGUAAAUGACCCUAAUAAUUAACGUUUUUUAAAUUAUGAACCUGAAUGUUCAUAAAUAAUUGAGUUUUAGUUCCAAUUUUUAUGAUAUUCAAUUGAUUAUUUCCUCUUUUAAUAAUACGUAGUAAAAUGUACAUAAAGCUGGAGUUGUAACGUUAUUGGAUAUUAGAGGGUAGAAAUAUUCAAUUGACAUAACGAUGUGUUAAAAUGAAUACAUAAAAAAGGCAGAAUUUUGAGUAGCGAUUGGUAUGUACCUGAAAUUUUUUAUUUAUUCCGCCAGUUUAGGCAGUUCAUCAUGUUAAGUAUUAUUUAUGAUAAUUAUUUAAUACGAGUUUUUUAAAGAAAGCGAUUGAAAUAUUUAUAAUAAUUUUGAUUUUUGCAAUAA